AUGGUGGUGAUGAAGAUGAAGUUCCCCUUUGAGAAAAGGGUGAAGCUGGCCCAGGGACUGUGGCUGCUCUCCUGGAGCGCCACAGUGGCCGGGGCCAUGACCUUCACCCUGGGGUGCCUGCUUAAGACGGAGCUCCGCAGACGGUCAGAGGUAAUGGAGAAUGGAGACAUCCAUGUUGUGCCCAACACCCUGAUGAUAGUUGGUCUGGCCUCCUUGGGGAUCAACUACUUUGCUUCAAAGAUCUGUCAAGAUGCCCUGGAGGCCGGGCGAUUCCCUCGCUGGAAGAACUUCUUGAAGCCCUACUUCGCCAUCUCCUGUUUCUUCACUGUCCUCAUGCUGCUAGCCGUCAUCAUGAGCUACGCAAUGAAGGGUAGCCUGGAGUCUUCCCUGAAGGGCGGCCUGAAGAAUGGCAUCCGAUUCUACAAGGACACAGACACCCCAGGCCGCUGCUUCCAGAAGCAGAACAUCGAUCGGCUGCAGCUUGAGUUUCAGUGUUGUGGAAACAGUGACUACAGGGACUGGUUCGAGGUCCAGUGGAUCAGCAACCGCUACCUGGAUUUCAGCUCUAAGGAAGUGAAAGACCGCAUCAAGAGCAACGUGGAUGGCCGUUACUUGGUGGACGGUGUCCCGUUCAGUUGCUGCAACCCCAGCUCUCCGCGGCCGUGCAUCCAGUAUCAGCUCACCAACGACUCGGCUCACUACAACUAUGAAUACCAGACGGAGGAGCUCAACAUCUACCUCCGAGGCUGCAGAGAGGCCCUGGUCAACUACUAUAUGGGUCUGAUGAACACCAUUGGGGCUGGAGUGCUGUCAGUCUUAGUCUUACAGGCUUCUGUGCUGGUGAGCUUGCGGUUCCUGCAGACCGCCAUGGAGGCAGUGGCGGGGAAGGAAAAUACAGAGAUCGAGACAGAAGGCUACCUGCUGGAGAAAAGCGUGAAAGACACCUUCAUGGAGUUCAUUAACCCUGUGCUGAAGUUCUUCAUGCUCACAAACCAGGUGGAAGAGGGCACUACUGCAGCAGGAGGGACCCCCACGGCCACGGCCUAA